AUGGCCCUGGUCUUGUGGGUCUUUGCUUUGUGGAACUCAGUCUGUCUGGUAGCAGCUAACAUCUUUGAGUACCAGGUAGAUGCACAGCCACUCCGGCCCUGUGAGCUGCAGAGGGAGAAGGCCUUUCUGAAGCAGGCUAAAUAUGUUCCACAGUGCUCCGAAGAUGGAAGUUUCCAGGCAGUCCAGUGCCAAAACGAUGGCCAAUCCUGUUGGUGUGUAGAUGUUGACGGCAGGGAAGUCCCUGGCAGCAGACAGCUGGGGAGGCCAACGGCUUGUCUGUCCUUCUGCCAGCUACAGAGGCAGCAGAUCCUGCUGAGCAGCUACAUCAACAGCACAGAUGCCCUCUACCUCCCUCAGUGCCAGGAUUCGGGCGACUAUGCGCCCGUGCAGUGUGACCUGUGGCAGGUGCAGUGCUGGUGUGUAGACACAGAAGGGAUGGAGGUGUAUGGCACCCGCCAACUGGGGAGGCCAACUCGGUGUCCGAGGAGCUGUGAGAUCCGAAACCGUCGUCUCCUCCAUGGGGUAGGGGACAAGUCGCCACCCCAGUGCUCUGCAAAUGGGGAGUUUAUGCCUGUCCAGUGCAAGUUUGUCAACACCACAGAUAUGAUGAUCUUUGACCUGAUCCACAGCUACAACAGGUUUCCAGAUGCAUUUGUGACCUUCAGUUCCUUCCGGAGCAGGUUCCCUGAAGUGUCUGGGUACUGUUACUGUGCUGACAGCCAGGGGCGGGAGCUGGCUGAGACAGGUCUGGAGUUGCUACUGGAUGAAAUUUAUGACACCAUCUUUGCUGGCCUGGACCGGGCUUCUACCUUUACUCAAAAUACCAUGUACCGGAUAUUGCAGAGACGCUUCCUGGCCAUUCAAUUGGUCAUCUCUGGCAGAUUCCGAUGCCCCACCAAGUGUGAAGUAGAGCAGUUUGCUGCCACCAGCUUUGGUCACCCACACAUCCCGAGAUGCCGCAGGGAUGGGGGCUACCAAGCAAUACAGUGCCAGACCGAAGGGCGGUGCUGGUGUGUGGAUGCCCAGGGGGCAGAGAUCCCUGGCACUCAGCAGCAAGGGCAGCUGCCAUCUUGUGCUGAAGAUCAGUCGUGUGCCUCAGAAAGGCAGCAGGCCUUGUCUAGACUCUACUUUGGAACCCCAGGUUACAUCAGCCAGCGGGACCUGCUGUCUCCCGAGGACAGGCAGGUCCCCGCAAGUGGUGCCAGACUGGCCACAUCCUGCCCACCUACCUUCAAGGAGCUCUUUGUUGACUCUGGGCUUCUCCGCUCUCUGGCUGUGGAGCAGCAGCGACAGCUCGCUGCCCCGGAAAGUCUACUUAGAGAAGCCGUCCAAGCAAUUUUUCCCUCCCGAGAGCUGGCUGCUCUUGCCCUCCAGUUCACCACCAAUCCAAAGAGGCUCCAACAAAACCUCUUUGGAGGGACAUUUUUGGUGAAUGCUGCCCAGUUUAACUUGUCAGGAGCCCUUGGUACGAGAGGCACAUUUAACUUCAGUCAGUUUUUCCAGCAGCUCGGCCUCCCAGGCUUCCAGGAUGGAGACAGAGCAACUGAUCUAGCCAAACUACUCCCUGUGGGGUUGGACUCUAAUCCUACCCCAGAAACCCUCCGUGUCUCUGAGAAGACAGUUGCUAUGAAUAAACCCGUGGUGGGUACCUUUGGCUUCAAAGUCAACCUGCAAGAGAACCUAAAUGCCUUAAAAUUCCUUGCUUCUCUCUUGGAGCUUCCAGAAUUUCUUACCUUCUUGCAGCGUGCUGUUUCUGUGCCUGAGGAUGUAGCGAGGGACUUGGGAGACGUGAUGGAAAUGGUGCUCAGUGCUCAAGCUUGCACACAGACACCUGGGAGGCUCUUUGUCCCAUCAUGCACUGCUGGGGGAAGCUAUGAGGAUAUCCAGUGCUACGCUGGAGAAUGCUGGUGUGUGGAUUCCCGAGGCAAAGAACUCGAUGGCUCAAGAGUCAGAGGUAGACGCCCCAGGUGCCCCACCAAGUGUGAGAUGCAAAGAGCUCAGAUGCAAAGCCUCGCACGCAGUCAGCCUGCUGGCUCCAGCUUCUUUGUCCCUUCGUGCACCAGUGAGGGGUACUUCCUGCCUGUUCAGUGCUUCAAUGCAGAAUGUUACUGUGUGGAUGCUGAAGGUCAGGCUAUUCCUGGAACUCAAAGUACUGUUGGUGAACCCAAGCAGUGUCCCAGCGUCUGCCAGUUACAAGCCGAACAAGCUUUCCUCAGAGCCGUGCACGUCCUGCUCUCUAACUUCAGCAUGCUGCCCUCCCUCUCCAGUGUCUACAUCCCUCAGUGCAGUGCCAGUGGGCAGUGGAGGCGUGUGCAGUGUGAUGGACCCCCUGAGCAGGUCUUUGAGUGGUAUGAGCGAUGGAACACCCAGAACAGUGAUGGCCAGGAACUGACCCCAGCCACACUGCUGAUGAAGAUCAUGAGCUAUAGAGAAGCAGCUUCCGGAAACUUCAGUUUCUUUCUUCAAAGUCUGUAUGAGGCUGGCCAGCAAAGCAUCUUCCCAGGGCUAGCACAGUACCCUUCCCUUCAAGAUGUCCCACAGGCCGUACUGGAGGGAGCUCCAACUCAGCCUGGGGAGAACAUUCUCCUGGAUCCGUACAUCUUUUGGCAGAUCCUAAAUGGCCAGCUCCGCCAGUACCCAGGAUCCUACUCAGACUUUAGCAUGCCUUUGGCACACUUCAACCUCAGGAGCUGCUGGUGUGUGGAUGAGAUUGGUCAGGAAUUGGAUGGAACUCGGAGCAAGCCAGGCGACAACCCAAUAUGUCCCGGCCCCUGUGAGGAAGUGAAACUUCGCGCCCUGAAGUUCAUUAAGGAAACGGAAGAGAUUGUCUCAGCCUCCAAUGGUUCCUCAUUUCCUCUGGGAGAGAGUUUUUUAGUGGCCAAGGGAAUCCAGCUGACCAGUGAGGAGCUUGGCCUUCCUCCUCUCUACCCAUCCCGGGAGGCUUUCUCUGAGAAGUUUCUACGCGGGAGUGAACAAUCCAUUCGUUUGGCUGCUCAGUCCACAUUGAAUUUCUAUCAGAGCCUCCGUGCUUCCCAGGGAGAGACCGAUGGAGCUGCCAGUCUUCUGUGGUCAGAGCCCUAUGUGCCACAGUGCGAUGUUCUUGGAGGCUGGGAACCUGUGCAGUGCCAUGCUGGGACCGGACAGUGCUGGUGUGUGGAUGGGAGGGGAGAGUUCAUCCCGGCCUCACUGACUGUGCGCUCCUCACAGAUGCCCCAAUGCCCCACAAGCUGUGAGCUAUCCCGAGCCAAUGGGCUGCUGUCUGCAUGGAAGCAGGCGGGACCCCAAAGAAACCCAGGUCCAGGAGACCUGUUCACCCCCACCUGCCUACAGUCAGGACAGUACACCAGACAGCAGACAUCAAGAACAGGAACUUGGUGUGUGGACCCAGCCUCAGGAGAAUGGAUGCCACCAAACACAAACAGCAGUGCUCAGUGUCCAGGCCUCUGUGAUGGUCUCAAGAGUGGAGCCCUGACCCGGAAAGUCAGCCCUGGCUACACCCCAACCUGCAAGGCACAGGGCGGGGGCUUCUUUCCAGUGCAGUGUGACUUGGCCCAGGGCAGUUGCUGGUGUGUCCUGGACAAUGGAGAGGAAGUGCCUGGGACCCGUGUGAUAGGCACCCAGCCUGCCUGUGAGAGUCCACAGUGUCCACUGCCGUUCUCUGAGUCAGACGUGGCUGAUGGAGUGGUCUUCUGUGAGACAGCCUCUGGCCCAGGGGUGACCACCGUUCAGCAGUGCCAGCUGCUCUGCCCCCAGGGCCGUCAGAGUGCAUUCCCGCUAGGGCCACUGAUUUGUAGCCUGGAGAGUCGGCGUUGGGUCUCACCACCACCACCCCGAGCCUGCCAGCGGCCUCAGCUGUGGCAGACCAUGCAAACUCGAGCAUACUUCCAGCUCCUGCUCCCACCAGGCAAGAUGUGCAGCACUGACUACUCCGGCUUGCUGCAGGCCUUCCAGGUCUUCAUACUAGAUGAGCUGGCAACCCGUGGCUUCUGCCAGAUCCGGGUGAAGACAUUUGGGACCCUGGUUUCCAGCACACUCUGUAACAACUCUUCGGUUCAGGUGGGGUGUCUGACUGCAGAGCGCUUAGGAGUGAACGUCACGUGGAAAUUACAGCUUGGGGACAUCUCAGUGGCUUCACUUCCAGAUUUGCACAGCAUUGAAAGGGCUUUCAUGGGCCAGGAUCUCCUUGGACGCUUUGCAGAUCUGAUCCAAAAUGGCAAGUUCCAGCUUCAUCUGGACUCCAAGACAUUCCCGGCAGACACCUCCUUGUACUUCAUCCAGGGGGACAGCUUUGUCACCUCUCCCAGGACUCAGCUUGGGUGCUUGGAAGGAUUCUCCAGGGUCCCAGCAACCAGUCAGGAUCCUCUGGGCUGUGUGAAGUGUCCUGAAGGAAGCUUCUCUCAGGAUGGGCAAUGUGCUCCCUGUCCCGCUGGCACCUACCAAGAACAGGCAGGCAGCUCAGCCUGCAUCCCGUGCCCAAGGGGCAGAACGACCGUCAGCCGUGGAGCUUUCAGCAAGGCUCAUUGUGUCACUGACUGUCAGAGGAAUGAGGCCGGCCUACAGUGUGACCAGGAUGGCCAGUACCAAGCCAGCCAGAGGGACAGGGACAGUGGAGCAGUGUUCUGCGUGGACAGCGAGGGGCAGAGGCUACAGUGGUUGCAGACAGAGACUGGACUCUCGGAUUCCCAGUGCCUGAUGGUGCAGAAAUUUGAGAAAGCUCCAGAAUGGAAGGUGAUCUUCGAUGCCAAUUCUCCUGUGGUAGUCAAGUCCAAAGUCCCUGGUGCUGACUCCCCGCUGGUGCAGUGCCUGGCAGAUUGUGCAGAUGAUGCGACCUGCAGCUACCUCACGGUGUCCACAAUGGGGCCGGAGGUUUCGUGUGACUUUUAUUCUUGGACGAGAGACAACUUUGCCUGUAUGACUUCUGAUCAGGAACAAGAUGCUGUGGACAGCUCAAAGGCAACCAGCUUCAAGAGCCUUAAGUGCCAGGUGAAAGUGAGGACUAGAGGUGCAGAUUCUCUGGCUGUGUAUGUGAAGAAAGGCCAUGAAUCCACUGCAGCUGGUCAGAAGAUCUUCGAACCAACAGGUUUUCAAAAUGUGCUCUCUGGGUUGUACAGCCCUGUGGUGUUCUCAGACUCAGGGGCCAACCUGACAGAUGCACACAUCUUCUGUCUGCUCGCCUGUGACCGUGACUCCUGCUGCGAUGGCUUCAUCCUCACACAGGUCAAAGCAGGGCCCACUGUCUGUGGACUUCUCAGCUCUCCCGACAUUCUGGUUUGCCACAUCAGUGACUGGAGGGGUACCUCUGAUUCUCAGGCCAAUGCUACAUGUGCUGGGGUGACAUAUGACCAGGGGAGCCGCCAGCUGGCCUUGACCGUGGGAGGCCAAGAGUUCCUGCAGGGUCUGACACUCUUGGAGGGCACUCAAGACGCCUUUACCAGCUUCCAGCAGGUUUACCUCUGGAAAGAUUCUGACAUGGCGUCUCGGCCGGAGUCUAUGGGAUGUGGAAGGAAUGUGGUACAAAGGGUAAACUCUGCAUCAGAAGCAGGUGUGGCAACAGACCUUUUCCUCCCUGUGGACACUACCCAGGUCAUUGUCAAUGCAAGCCAUUCAUUGCCCAGCCAGCAGAACUGGCUCUUCACACACCUGUUUUCAGCAGAGCAGGCAAAACUGUGGUGUCUUUCUCGGUGUGCCCAGGAGCCCACUUUCUGUCAACUUGCAGACAUAACAGAGACCACACCUUUGUAUUUCACCUGCUCCCUCUACCCAGAAGCCCAAGUCUGUGAUAACGUCCUGGAAUCUAAUGCCAAGAACUGCAGCCAGAUUCUGCCCCACCAACCAAAGGCCCUCUUCCGCAAGAAAGUUGUGCUGAACGAUCGAGUGAAGAACUUUUAUACUCGCUUGCCAUUCCAAAAGCUCACAGGGAUUUCCAUCAGAGACAAAAUCCCUAUGUCUGGGAAAUCCAUUUCCAACGGGUUCUUUGAGUGUGAGCGGCUCUGUGACAGGGACCCAUGCUGCACUGGCUUCGGUUUUCUAAAUGUCUCCCAGCUGCAAGGAGGAGAGGUGACCUGCCUGACUCUGAACAGCAUGGGGAUUCAAACAUGCAGUGAGGAGAAUGGAGCAACCUGGCGCAUUUUGGACUGUGGCUCUGAGGACACUGAAGUCCACACCUAUCCCUUUGGGUGGUACCAGAAGCCUGAUGUGCAGAGUGGCACUCCCAGCUUCUGUCCUUCAACUGCCCUGCCAUCCCUCACCGAGGAGAAGGUGGCUCUGGACUCCUGGCAGACCCUGCCCCUCUCUUCAGUGAUUGUAGAUCCAUCCAUCAAGCACUUUGAUGUUGCCCAGGUCAGCACUGCAGCCACCAGUAACUUCUCAGUGGCCCGGGACUUCUGCUUGCAGGAAUGUUCCCGUCACCAGGCCUGCCUUGUCACCACCCUGCAGAUCCAGCCUGGGUUUGUGAGGUGUGUGUUCUACCCUGAUAUACAGAGCUGCAUACACAGCCUACAGAGCCAGACCUGCUGGCUUCUGCUCCGUGAAGAAGCUGCUUACAUCUACCGGAAGUCUGGAAUCCCUCUGUUCCGCUCCGAUGGAGCAUCCACACCCUCUGUACGCAUUGGCCCCUUCGGCCAGCUUCAGGGUGGCUCUCAGGUCGUCAAGGUGGGCCCUGCUUGGAAGCAGGUCUAUCAGUUCCUUGGAGUUCCCUAUGCUGCCCCACCCAUGGCAGACAACCGCUUCAGGCCACCAGAGCUCUUGAAUUGGACAGGCUCCUGGGAUGCCACCAAGCCAAGGGCCAGCUGCUGGCAGCCAGGUACCCGUACCCCAACGCCUCCCCAAAUCAGUGAAGACUGCUUGUAUCUCAAUGUGUUUGUCCCCGAGGACCUGGUCUCCAACGCAUCGGUUCUGGUGUUCUUCCACAAUACCAUGGAGAUGGAGGGCAGUGGAGGACAGCUGACCAUUGAUGGCUCCAUCCUGGCUGCAGUUGGCAACUUCAUCGUAGUCACUGCCAAUUACAGAGUGGGAGUCUUCGGCUUCCUGAGUUCAGGCUCUGACGAAGUGGCUGGCAACUGGGGGCUGCUGGACCAGGUGGCAGCUCUGACCUGGGUGCAGACCCACAUUGGAGCAUUUGGUGGAGAUCCUCAGCGUGUGACACUAGCAUCAGACCGUGGUGGGGCUGAUGUGGCCAGCAUCCACCUUCUCACCACCAGGACUACCAGGCUCCAGCUCUUCAGGAGGGCUCUGCUUAUGGGAGGCUCCUCACUGUCUCCAGCUGCAGUCAUCAGCCCAGACAGGGCCCAACAGCAAGCUGUGGCCUUGGCAAAAGAGGUUGGAUGCCCGACCUCGUCCAUCCAAGAAGUGGUGUCCUGCCUCCGCCAGAAGCCUGCCAACAUCCUCAAUGAUGCUCAGACCAAGCUCCUGGCUGUUAGUGGCCCUUUCCACUACUGGGGCCCUGUAGUUGAUGGCCAGUACCUACUCGAAGUUCCAGCCAGAGCGUUGAAGAGGCCUCUGCCAGUGAAGGUGGAUCUACUCAUAGGGGGUUCUCAAGAUGAUGGGUUAAUCAACAGGGCAAAGGCUGUGAAGCAAUUUGAGGAGAGCCAAGGCCGCGCCGACAGCAAAACAGCCUUUUACCAGGCACUGCAGAACUCACUGGGUGGGGAGGACUCGGAGGCUCGCAUCCUCACGGCCGCUGUCUGGUAUUACUCUCUGGAGCACUCCACAGACGACUAUGCCUCCUUCUCCCGGGCACUGGAGAAUGCUACCCGGGACUACUUCAUCAUCUGUCCCAUGGUCAACAUGGCCAGCCUCUGGGCAAGGAGAACCCGUGGAAACGUCUUCAUGUACCACGUGCCUGAAAGCUAUGGCCAUGGCAGCCUCGAAUUGCUGGCAGACGUACAGUAUGCUUUUGGACUGCCCUUCUAUUCUGCCUACCAGGGCCAGUUCUCAAUGGAGGAGCAGAGCCUGUCCCUGAAAGUCAUGCAGUACUUCUCCAACUUCAUCAGAUCGGGAAACCCCAACUACCCACAUGAGUUCUCAAGGAAGGCAGCUGAGUUUGCAGCACCCUGGCCCGACUUUGUCCCUGGAGCUGGAGGAGAGAGCUACAAGGAGUUCAGUGCCCAGCUUCCCAAUCGGCAGGGCCUGAAACAAGCUGAUUGCUCCUUCUGGUCCAAGUACAUCCAGGCUCUGAAGGAUGCAGAUGGAGUCAAGGAUGCACAGUUAACCGAGAGUGAAGAGGAAAGUUUGGCAGUGGGGUCUGGGCUGGAAGAAGACUCAGGUUCCCUGGAGACUGGCCCUAAGAGCUACAGCAAAUGAUCAGCCCUGAGACCUCCCAUCCACCCUGGCAGCUCCAUCUCGAGCUGCCCACCAUGGUGAUUUUGCUCUAUACAACCAUUUGCUUUCAAUAAAAUGUCUGCAUACAGCAAA